UUAUUCACACACACAUACACAUAGUAACGUUCCUAAUUUCCCCAUUUUCCUCUCUCUCUCCUUCUCUAUCUAUCGUAGCUCCCAAGUCCCAACAAACACUCACUGCAAGCAAAAAAGCAGAGAGUAGUAGAUUCAAAGGAAGCACAAAGCCCACCCUUACAAAAAAGCAACAAAAAAAUACCUUCUAAUUCAGUCCUUAUUAGAUCUCUUAAUUUAUUCCUUUCCAUUGACAGAAGCUGAGCAUUUGUGGUUAGCACAAGAAGGAAAAGUAUGGAGAAAAGCACUCCAGUUCGAAAAUCACACACUAACACUGCAGAUCUGCUCACUUGGUCGGAAAAUCCGCCGGAAAAUUCCCCGGCAAUCGGUUCUGCUGCUUCCGCUGCCCGGUCUCGUCAGCCAUCCGAUGGGAUCCAAAAGGUGGUAUUUGGUGGUCAAGUGACUGAUGAAGAAGUUGAGAGUUUGAACAAGAGGAAACCGUGUUCCGGUUAUAAACUAAAGGAGAUGACAGGUAGUGGUAUUUUUGUAGCUGAUGGAGAAAAUGGCAAUUUAGAAUCUGACAGUGCUAAUCCCAUCCCAAAUAGAAGGAUGUAUCAGCAAGCUGUAUCUGGUAUAAGUCAAAUUUCGUUUGGUGAUGAAGACACCGUGUCUCCAAAGAAGCCAGUCACUAUCCCUGAAGUGGCAAAACAGAGGGAACUAAGUGGAACUCUAGAAAGUGAGUCUGAGAUGAAGUUGAAGAAACAAAUUUCUGAUGCAAAGACCAAGGAGCUUGUCGGACAUGACAUCUUUGCUCCCCCACCUGAAAUUCAACCUCGUCCAUCUACUGCUCGUGCAUUAGCAUUAAGAGAAAGCAUUACCAUUGGAGAACCUGCACCAACUAAUGGUGAUUCGUCUGGUGACGAACAAGUGGUCAAGACAGCCAAGAAGAUUCCUGAAAAGAAACUUGCAGAGCUCACAGGAAAUGACAUUUUCAAGGGCGAUAAUCCUCCAGCAUCAGCUGAGAAGCAGCUGAGUUCAGCAAAGUUGCGAGAAAUGAGUGGAAGCAAUAUAUUCGCAGAUGGGAAAGUAGAAUCUCGAGACUUCUAUGGCGGGGUUCGCAAGCCUCCAGGUGGUGAGAGCAGCAUUGCAUUGGUGUAACUUGCUAGGUCUAACUCAAUUUACAUCAUUAAUUGUGUUUCCCUUUUUUAUCCAUUAUUUGUAGUUGGGGUUUGGUUCUGAUGUGAUUUGAUCAGUGUUCUGGAAUUUAUGUCCCUAGGAUCGAUCUUAUUUGACAUGUCAACCAGAACUAAGAACUUUUGGCUAAUUGGGUUGUAUGUUGUUCAUAAAUCUCUGUUUCUGGUGGUCUUUGUUUUCGUGAUAAUGUGUCAUCUGAGUUCCAUUAAUUAAUUAAAUAGUAUUUGUGUCCUUUA